GGUAGCCUGUCCUAAAACGCUAGACUACCGUUAUUACACACACAUAUACAUAUAUAUGCGUGUGUCCUAUAAGAGUACCUGCCCUUUAAUAGCUUUCUAUUUCAUUAGAGAUCAUCAGGAUGGCCAACGAGUACGAUCACCUCUUUAAAUUACUAAUUAUUGGCGACAGCAGUGUUGGUAAAAGUUGCCUAUUAUUGAGGUUUGCUGAAAAUACAUUUUCUCCAUCAUAUAUAACCACAAUAGGAGUUGACUUUAAAAUCCGAACAGUAGAAUGUAAUGGAGAGAAAGUCAAACUCCAGAUCUGGGACACUGCUGGCCAAGAACGAUUCCGAACUAUUACAUCAACGUACUACAGAGGAACUCAUGGAGUUAUAAUAGUUUAUGAUGUUACUAGUGGAGAAUCUUUUGCUAAUGUGAAGCGCUGGUUACAUGAAAUUGACCAAAACUGUGAUCUAGUCAGUCGAAUUUUAGUUGGUAAUAAGUGUGACGAUGAAGAAAAACGAGUGGUUCUUACAGAAGAUGCUCAGAGGUUUGCCAACCAGAUGGGAAUACUGCUAUUUGAAGCCAGUGCUAAAGAAGAUAUAAAUGUGGAAGAGGUAAAUAAAUAUUUUCCCAUUAUUUUCCUUGUUUAGACAUCACUAAUGUUU